CCAGCAGCCCCAGCGCCGGCGCCGGCGGUCCUCAAGAUGGCGGCCGACAGUGAGCCCGAGUCCGAGGUGUUUGAGCUCACGGACUUCACCACUGCCUCCGAGUGGGAAAGGUUUAUUUCCAGAGUUGAAGAAAUCUUGAAUGACUGGAAACUGAUUGGAAACUCUCUGGGAAAGCCACUUGAAAAGGGUAUAUUUACUUCUGGCACAUGGGAAGAGAAAUCAGAUGAAAUUUUCUUUGCUGACUUCAAAUUCUCAGUUACUCAUCAUUAUCUUGUACAAGAAUCUACUGAUAAAGAAGGAAAGGAUGAAGUUUUAGAAGAUGUUCUUCCACAAUCUAUGCAAGAUUUGCUGUGUAUGAAUAAUGACUUUCCUCCAAGAGCACAUUGCCUGGUAAGAUGGUAUGGACUGCGAGAGUUCGUGGUGCUCGCCCCUGCAGCAAAUAGCGAUGCUGUUCUCAGUGAAUCUAAGUGCAAUCUUCUUCUGAGUUCUGUGUCUAUUGCUUUGGGAAACACUGGCUGCCAGGUGCCCCUCUUUGCACAAAUUCAUCACAAAUGGCGAAGAAUGUAUGUGGGAGAAUGUCAGGGUCCUGGUGUCCGAACUGAUUUUGAAAUGGUUCAUCUUCGAAAAGUGCCAAAUCAGUACACUCAUUUAUCGGGUCUGCUGGAUAUCUUCAAAUCAAAGAUUGGAUGCCCUUUAACACCAUUGCCUGCAGUUAGUAUUGCUAUUCGAUUGACCUAUGUACUUCAGGAUUGGCAGCAGUAUUUUUGGCCUCAGCAACCUCCAGAUAUAGAUGCCCUUGUAGGAGGGGAAGUUGGAGGUUUGGAGUUUGGCAAGCUACCUUUUGGUGCCUGUGAAGAUCCUAUAAGUGAACUCCACUUAGCAACUACAUGGCCUCACCUGACUGAAGGUAUCAUUGUGGAUAAUGAUGUUUAUUCUGAUUUGGAUCCUCUUCAGGCUCCCCAUUGGUCUGUUAGAGUUCGAAAAGCUGAUAAUCCUCAGUGUUUGCUAGGUGAUUUUGUCACUGAAUUUUUUAAAGUUUGCCGUCGGAAGGAAUCAACUGAUGAGAUUCUUGGACGAUCCACAUUUGAGGAAGAAGGGAGAGAAAUUGCUGAUAUAACUCAUGCUUUGUCAAAGUUGACAGAGCCAGCACCGGUUCCAAUUCAUAAAUUAUCAGUUUCAAAUAUGGUACAUACUGCAAAGAAGAAAAUAAAAAAACACAGAGGUGUAGAAGAGUCACCACUGAAUAAUGAUGUCCUCAACACUAUUCUCUUGUUCUUAUUCCCUGAUGCUGCUUCUGAGAAACCAUUAGAUGGAACUUCUUCAAUGGACAACAAUCCUUUGUCAGAGAGUGAAGAAUAUAAUCUCUACAAUCAGUUCAAAUCUGCACCAUCUGACAGUUUAACAUACAAAUUGGCUUUGUGUCUUUGUAUGAUCAAUUUCUACCACGGAGGAUUGAAAGGAGUGGCACACCUCUGGCAGGAAUUUGUCCUUGAAAUGCGUUUCAGAUGGGAAAACGACUUUCUGAUUCCAGGGAUUGUACAGCAAACUAAAUGGAAGGAAAUACAGCCAAAUGUCAACAGUCGUUUCCCCAGAUUAGCAAGUGGCGCCCCAGAUCUAAGAUGCUGUUUAUUACAUCAGAAACUACAGAUGUUAAAUUGUUGUAUUGAAAGAAAGAAGGCACGUGAUGAGAAGAGAAAGACAAGUAUUUCAGAUAAUGUGACUAAUACAUAUCCAGGGGAUGCUGGAAGACCUGGAGACCAGCUGGGGCCAGACAAUCUAAAAGAUAUGGACAAGGAAAAGGGAGAGGUGGGAAAAUCUUGGGAUUCUUGGAGUGAUAGCGAAGAAGAAUUUUUUGAAUGCCUAAGUGAUACUGAAGAAUUUAAGGGAAAUGGACAAGAGAGUGGCAAAAAAGGAGGACUUAAGGAGAUGGCAAAUUUAAAGCCAGAAGGACGACUCAAUCAGCAUGGGAAACUUACACUGCUGCAUAAUGGAGAGCCUCUCUACAUUCCAGUAACCCAGGAGCCAGCACCUAUGACAGAAGACCUGCUAGAGGAGCAGUCAGAGGUUCUAGCUAAAUUGGGCACCUCCGCGGAAGGGGCUCACCUCCGGGCACGCAUGCAGAGCGCCUGUCUGCUGUCAGAUAUGGAGUCUUUUAAGGCAGCUAAUCCAGGUUGCUGUCUGGAAGACUUUGUGAGGUGGUACUCACCCCGGGAUUACAUUGAAGAGGAAGUGAUUGAUGAAAAGGGAAACACGGUUCUGAAAGGAGAACUGAGUGCCCGAAUGAAGAUUCCAAGCAACAUGUGGGUGGAAGCCUGGGAAACAGCUAAGCCAGUUCCUGCCAGAAGGCAAAGGAGACUCUUUGAUGAUACACGGGAAGCAGAAAAGGCAGCUGCAUUGAUCAUUGAUCUGAGUCUGUGCCUCCUCCAGGUGCUGCACUAUCUGGCAAUGCAGAAACCUGCAGACCUCGCUCGGCACCUGCUACCUUGUGUAAUUCAUGCAGCCGUCCUCAAGGUAAAGGAAGAAGAAAGUCUGGAAAACAAUUCUUCCGUUAAGAAGAUUAUCAAGCAGAUAAUAUCCCAUUCCAGCAAAGUCCUGCACUUUCCCAAUCCGGAAGACAAGAAACUAGAAGAAAUCAUCCAUCAAAUUACUAAUGUGGAAGCCCUAAUUGCUAGAGCCCGCUCACUGAAAGCCAAGUUUGGAACUGAGAAAUGUGAACAAGAGGAGGAAAAGGAAGAUCUCGAAAGGUUUGUGAGCUGCCUUUUAGUGCAGCCCGAAGUGCUGGUGGUGGGCGCGGGAAGAGGACACGCCGGCAGGAUCAUUCACAAGCUGUUUGUGAACGCACAGAGGGCUGCAGCCAUGGCUCCACCUGAGGAGGAACUGAAGAGAAUGGGCUCUGCAGAGGAGAGAAGGCAGAACUCGGUGUCAGACUUCCCACCCCCUGCUGGCCGGGAACUCAUUCUGCGCACCACCGUGCCCCGCCCCGCCCCCUACUCCCGAGCUCUGCCUCAGCGCAUGUACAGUGUUCUCACCAAAGAGGAUUUCCGACUGGCAGGUGCUUUUUCAUCAGAUACCUCCUUCUUCUAGUUCUUCCUGGGCCACCCCAUUGUGACUUCAAAGGCAGUGCUGACCCCUUCUGUGGGAAGGAGGUUGUGCUGGUCGGAACCUGGGAGGCAUGAAGAGGGCCUGUCCAGUUGAAUGAUCAAGCGUCGUACUGGCAUCUGAAAGACUUUCUGGUGCCAAGCUUGGGAAGGGUAGUAGCUUGUGGGGUCCGAGGUCGUGGGCUUGAACUAUUGAAAGAUUUCUUCCCCAAAGAGAUAGCCCUUGGGGUGGGGUUGGGGACCAAAAAUGCAGGAGCUCUCUGUACUCACUCUGUUGUGUUCAAGAUUGUGUUCAUUUAUUCUUUCUGUGACUGUCCCUUAGGCUGUUGCCUUGCAUUUAUAGUCUGUGCAAACACUUCUUAUUUUUAUUAGUAUCAAGUAUGCAAAGUAGAGAAUCUGUUAACUCAGAUUUCUGGGUGUUUGGGAGGUAGAAUCUAUUCCCAGAAUCUGUGUUUUUAAUAUAUUAAAUGGAAUUCUGUUUA